CUUGAAACACGGCCCCAUCGAUAUAGCAAAAUGUGGCACAUCGUCAGAAAAACCCUUUGUAGCAUUUGGUGUACGAAAAAGAGCCGAUCCCGUCGUAAUAAGUCGUCAGAUGGAUCGAAAACGAAGACACGCUCUGGCUCUACAGGCUCUCCGCCGAAAGUACCAAGAACAAAAGAUGGCAAAGAUUCGUGCCUUAACCAUUAGCAAACUAUCAGAAAAAGUGACAAAUAAAACCUUGGUCAGAACAAAUACCGUAUCAAAAACAGAAACUAUCACAAAGAAGAAUAGUACGCUUCAGAAAACCAAAGUGGUAGCUACCAAACAUAUAAAAGUAACCACUUUGAAAACUACCUUAAAACCCAAGAUGAACAAGAUAAACAAGAUGAAACAAAAUAUGUGCUUAAGAAGUUUUAGGGGACGAUUCAUCCAACAAGAGUUACCUUUUAGGAAAAAGAUGGGGCAAAAUAAACGAAUUGUUAGAAAUGCACGCGAAAAAAGGACCGUAAUACGCAAAAGGAACAAAGAUGCACAAGAGAAGACGACUUUGCCGGGUACUUCCAAGCAAUCUGAAAACCCAGUUCCUCAGCCCGUAAGGAGAAAAUUAGUCAAGAAGAUUGUUACUCCAAGUUCAGAUGGUUCACGCUUCACCAGAUCCAGUUUAACAAACACGAAAUCGGAAAUAAUGAGGAAACAGAUAAAACGCAUAUUGAUACCGAAUAGGAACAACAACCCUUUAAUCAAGACUAGACCGAGAUCUCUUAGAUUAACUACAGUGAAAAAAAGUGUUUUGUCCCGACGGAAAAGCAAUUCUUUGAAAACCAAACAAAGAAUGAGGGCUGCGCAAAGGCAACAUAACGUGGUUUGUGAAACAACUGAGAAGACAGAAGAAAUUAAACUUAGGAGAUCACCGCUGACUAAUAAGAUAGAGUCAAAACAAGUGGAAAAGAAAGAUGUAAAGGAAACAAUAAGUAAAAAUGUAGACUCUAAGCGAAUAAAUAGAAAUACAGACAUCAAAAAGGAUUUUAAAAAAGUUGUUGAUAUAAAGAAGGAAAACAGCAAAGUCUCUGAUAGAGAUAGGCGACAGCGUACAAGAUCUGUAGAUGUUAAAAAAGAAAUUAACAAAUCGAGUAAUGUUAAGAAAAAACCCACUUCAUCAGUGGAAGUUAAAAAUAGUUCAAGAAUAUCUAAUGUAAUACGCAAAAACGUUGACAUAUUAAAAAGUGCUAACAAGACUACUCCGGUUGUUCAUAAUAAAACUGUUAAAAGCCAGACCGAAGAAAGCAGUAGACGCUCUAGCAGAAACUUGGAUAAUGCCAAAAAACCUAAAACGCAUACUCAAGAAGCAGUAAUAGAAGAUAAUAAGACUGGGAAUGAUGAAAAAGGAAAAAAAUUAAGUGCAAAAAAUAUAAAAUGUAAAAAUGCAGGACUACGAGGAAAGAUGACUUUAACAAAAUCAAAUCCAUUAAAAGUCUUGAAACAUAAGCAGAAAAUGGAAGAUCGACCUCCAGAUUUAGUUAAAACAGAAGAUAAAUGUAGCGAAAAAUAUAAACAAGAAGAAAUAAAUAACGAUACUGUAAUUGAAACGAAAACAAUUCAAACGAGAAUAGAAACCAACCUCCCGAAGUACCUAGUGCAGAAACCGUUAACAAACACAUAGUUAACAUAGAACCUAUUGAAAAAAUUAAUCAGGAAAAUGAAUGCAGUGACGAAGACCCAGAUGAGAAAGGUUUAGUCAUAGAUGAAGAUUAUAAAGAAACUGAAAUAGACAGUAAACAAAGUGUUAGUCAAGGUGAAAUAGAUGAUAAGAAGAUUAACUCGGAAAUCAUACCGGAAAUUAUUGAGAGUAUUGAAGGCUGUGAACAUUCUAAGGAUAUCCACUCACAACCAGCAGUGAAACAUGUAGAUGAUGUAACUCAGGUAGAAGAAACAGCUGAUAUAGUUAUAGAAACUGAUGUACAGACAGUUGGUAUAGUAAAUCUAUCAGAAAGUAAACAAAUUGAACAACAACUUGAAAGUUCGGAAAGUGUUGGUGUGUCUUCCAAUGUAAUUGAUGAAUUGAAUACAUUAUCAGUAUGUGCCGAAAAUGAUCGAGAACAUAAAAGUAGUGACAAGGAAACAGAAGAA